CCUGUCUUCUGUCUUCACACUCUCCUCCCAAAACAAAGCACACCGGAGAGAGAGAGAGAGAGAGAGAGGAGAGAGAGAGAAGCUCCGGUCUCUGAAUCGCUUCUGGUUUCGCUCUGUUUCUACAGUAGAAGAUGGAAGAACAAAACAACGAACAACUGCAAGAGCAAGAACAGAUUAUAAACCCUACAUUCGAUUCUCUGUUUUGCUCAGACGAGACGUACGAAGAGGGUAGCGACAACGAAUCACGAGCCCAUUAUUCUUGUUCAUAUAACAUAACAGAGAAUAUGCUUUGUGAAGACGAUGAGCUCGAGCUCGAAGCAUUGCUGGCCAAAGAGGCCGAACAGGGGAUUUCCCCAUUGUUCGGACGAACCCGAGAACCCUAUCCGGAUGUGUCCGGAGCCCGGAGAGAGGCCGUGGAGUGGAUUCUACAUGCCACGUCACGCCAUUGUUUCUCACCAACCACUGCUCUGUUCGCAGUCGAUUUCCUCGACCGGUUCAUCUUCCGGUUCGAGGGAUUCCGGCGAGAUCAGAAGCCGUGGAUAACCGAACUCGCCGCCAUCGGUUGCCUCUCUCUCGCCGCCAAAGUCGAGGAGAUCCAUGUCCCUCUCUUGCUUGACCUACAAGUGGAGGGUACGAGCAAAUUCAUGUUCGAAGCGAAGACGAUACAGAAAAUGGAGAUUCUAGUUCUCUCGACGCUUCAAUGGCGUAUGAAUCCAGUAACUUCUCUCUCCUUCCUCCACCGUAUCUCUAAACGUUUCGGGUUAAAGGGCCGUAUCGGCUUCGAGUUCUUGAGAAGAUGCGAGCUCACCAUUCUCUCCAUCGUCUCGGAUUACAGAUUCACGUUACACCUUCCGUCCACGGUGGCUGCCGCGACCGCAUUACACGUAGUUAAUAGCGUCGUUACCUCUACCAUUGCAUCCGAGUAUGAGAAACAACUAAUGAGUAUUCUCAGGAUCGAUAAGGAUAACCUAGAGCAAUGUCUACGGUUCGUAUCAUUAUCGAGCCACGGUCAGUUGCGGUCCAAACGCAAGCUCGGUGGUGUAGCGCCGGGCAGUCCAAACGGCGUUAUGGACGCGACGUUUAGCUCCGAUGGCUCGACCGAUUCGCUGAUCACUAUGUCGUCUUCUUCUUCCUCUUCUUCAUCUUCGGUGAAUUCUUCGCCUGAGCCAAGCUCCAAGAAGAGAAAGAACACUACGACCAUGGCCAUCGAACGAUGAUAAUAAUAAUAAUCUCGUUAUGAGAUUUGAUUAUUCAUCGUCCAGUAUUCGUCCUCGCGAGACUUGAAUAUAGUAUUUAGUUCCUUUUUUUUUUCUGUGUAAUAAUCUUGUUUUCUUUCUUCGAUUACAAGUUAUAUGUGCCCUCCAUCUCGAGAGGAUAUAUAUGUUUUGUAACUAUGUAAUUAAAUCUUGAGCUCGCGAAUAUAUGUACUAAUCCAAUCAAUAUUAAUUUAUACA